AUGGGGAAUAUAAUAAUACAAAGGUUUAAAUUUUAUCGGAGAAACCAAAAAGAGGACGAAUCAAUUACCGAAUAUUUGGGAGCGCUAAGGAAAUUGAGCCAAGACUGCAAUUUCAAUGAUUUGGAGGAAAUCUUACGAGACAGACUAGUCUGUGGCAUGCGCGAUGAAAAUUUACAAAAGCGGCUUCUGGCGAAUGACCAGUUAACACUAAAAAUAGCGCAGGAGGAAGCUAUAGCAUCAGAAACAGCACAAAAAAAUGCGACGGAACUUAAAACGUCAGUCAGCCUGCCAGGGUUGAAUAAAAUUUCAAGCAACAAGGUAAAACCAAAUCGUGCUCCAGUGGGCCAUAUUCAGAAUUGUUAUCGUUGUCGAGGAAAUCAUCAUUCAGAUCAGUGCAAAUUUAAAGACGCGGAAUGUUAUUAUUGCAAAAAGCGUGGACAUAUUGAGAGAGCUUGCAUAAAAAAAGCAAAAACCAAAAAGCCAGCAACAAAUAAUGGGAGAAGACCAAACAGAGUAAAUCUUUUAGAUACAAACCAGGAAACUCAAACGACGGAGUAUUUAUGGUCAAUGUUCGCUAAAGGUAGUCCAUCGGUCAAGAGAGUGAUUACGAUAAGUAAGUCACCGGUACAAAUGGAAAGAGACUCGGGGGCAAGUUACUCAAUAGUAAGUGAAAAGUUAUUUAGAGAAAAAAUGUCGUAUAUUCCGCUAAAACCAAGUCAAAUACAAUUAAGGUCUUGGGGAACAGAGAAAAAUCUUAAACUGAGUGGAGAAGCAGAAGUACCAGUCUCGGUUGGGAACGUCACAAAGAAACUAAAGUUGUUAAUAGCAGCGGGUGAUGGUCCGGCUCUAAUUGGUCGAAAUUGGUUUAACGAUUUGGGAAUUACUAUAACUAGCAAUUUAUGCAAUAUAGAAUCAACUAUUCUAGUAGAAGUGAUGAACUUCAGUUCAGUUUUUGAUGGAAAUCUUGGAGAUUACAAGGGAAAUCCUGUGAAGUUACAAAUGUCAGUUUCAAGUAAACCGAAAUUUCUUCGAUAUCGACAAGUGCCUUUUGCACUAAAACUCAAGGUGGAAGCAGCAUUAAAGAAGUUAGAAGAUGAAGGCGCACUGCGUUCAAUAUCCUUUAGUGAGUGGGCAACGCCGGUUGUACCUAUUAUUACACCAGAUGGUAGCAAUUUGUAUUAUAGUUAUCAAAGGUUUAUAAUACGUUUAUGA